UUUUUUCUCCCUCUGAUUCUCUGCGCGUGGGUUUUUGCAGAAAAGAAAAUCCUCUUAUUUCUUCACUCACUCUCUCUCUCUCUCUCUCUCUCUCUCUCUCUCUCUCUCCUCACCUGAAGAUGUUUAUUAAGAAAUUAGGAUCCCCACUAGGAUUUCGACAUCAAGGAGGCUUUGACUCAUCUAGUGAUGAUGAUGAUGGGGAUGGAGAUGAUACAAAAACAAGAACAACCAGAGUCAAAUGCCCGUUUUGCUCCAAAUGCUUCAAAGUCAAUAAUACUACUGAAUGCCCAGAACCAAAUGCUCGAGACUUCACCUCUCAAAAUGAGGACAAGGUUAAAGAAUAUGACCCAUCCAGGAUUAGAGCUCCUUGUGACAGUUCAACUAUUUUAAUGAAUAACGGUGAAGAUUCUACAACAGAAAAGAAGGGUUUUGUGCCAAAUGUUCAAACUGCAGUUUCUACUGCAUCAAACUCUGUUUUUCAUCCUCCACAAAAGAAAGGGGCAUUCAGGAUGAGCGCAAUUGAGGAGGAGCUGGAUGAUGAUGACGAUUCUGAGGUGGACACUUUCUCGACCGACAAGAGCAGCGUUGCUACUACAACUGUUACACUGGAGAAGCCUCCAGCUUUCUCUGCUCUCUCUGAUGAGUCUAUGCUUGCUGAGAAUGGCGCCAGCUCCACCGGCACUAGUGCAUCGUCGUACAGCAAGAUGGUAUCUACCCAGCCAUCCUUUACAUUUGAUAAAGUUGCGGCUUCGGGCAGUUUGGUUGCAAGUCAAGGGGGGAGCUUCUCACUGGGCACUGGUGGUGACAAGUCUAACCGAAGAAUAGGGAAGUAUAAACCCAAGCAGCCGCGGAAUACUUCAAUGAAGGAUUCAGGUGCAGCUUCUCCUGUGUUUAACUAUGUCUCUAAGAGUGUUGACGAAGUUGCACAGCCACAGUUUGCUUUCGCUUCGUCACCUGCAGUUGGUGAAUCUGUUGACGUAAAAUCUGGUGCCUUUUCAGUCCCCAAACCUGAAAGCUCAAGCAGUGUAUCUGCCGUUGUAGCUGCUGCAACAAAUUCUGUACUCAAACCACUUGAAUCAGAUAAAGCUGAUAAUAAGAAUAAUGCUGGAGUCUCUUUUAGGAUACCUGAAACUGCUGUGUUCUCUGUAUCAUCAGCACCAUCAACCACAGGCAUAUUCUCCAAUGGCACCCCUUCCAAUAAUUCAAGCCUAAAUAAUGGGUCAACCCCUCCAUUUUCUCCCUCUGUUCCUUCAGCUUUUUUGACAAGUCCAAAUUCAUCGGGUAGCAUGACCCUCACUGCCAACACAAACAGUGGUAACAACAUCGCUAGCGCAACUGCGGUCACCACCGACAGUUGCAAUGUUUCUAGCGCAGCUCCAGCACCUUCAUUUUCACCUGUGCCUAAUUUCAAAGUUGAAUCCUCCACAGCUUCAACUGCAGUAACCACCAACAGUAGCAAUGUUCCUAGAUCAAAUCCAGCACCUUCAAUGCCAGCUGCGCCUAUUUUAUUUGAAUCCUGCACUGCUUCAAUUGCAGUUACACCAGUCCCAGUAAAUUCUUCCUUAGACUCUUUUGAAGGAAAGAACAAGGAAGACAAGGGCUUUGGUAAUCUAAGCAGCACCUCUUUUGCUGCCACAUCUGCUGCCAUUCCAAGCACAGGGAGUGGUAUGUUUGGAUUGGUUAGUGGUGGUGCUGCUACGACUUCUGCUGCUAACCAGUCCCAGGGUACUCGUUUUGGUGCUGGCAGUGGAUCUGUUCCUAUUUCCCAGCGGACUGGAAUUGCAUCAUCAGCUGCUUCACCAUCAUUCGAGUUGUCCGGAAGUACUGGACAGUUUGGCUCAACCUCUGCUCCUAAUCUGUUUAGUUCAGGAGCAAGUACUGGACUUGGUUCUUCUGCUUCCUCAUUGGAAGCCAACUCCAGUAGCAGUACUGCUCCUGGCAUAUUUGGUUCCAGUUGGGAAUCCCCUAAGUCUCCUGCAUUUGCUUCCACAACAUCUUUGUCAGCUGGGGUUUCGUAUGGAGCAUCCUUGGCUACUUCUGCACCUACUCUAUUUGGAGGGUCCUCGACUGCUGCUACUCCUAGUAACGCGCCUUUUGUCCUUGGAGGAUCCUCAACUGCUGCUGCUACUACAAACAGGGCACCUAUAUCGUUUGGAGCUUCUGCAGUUUCUUCUACAAAUGCCAAUGGGGCAUCUAUGAUGUUUGGAUCAUCCAAUGGCGCAUCCUCAACUUCGAUGUUCCCAUUCACUUCAUCUGCAGCUAGUACUGCCCCAUCACAGCCUGCAUUUGGCACUGGUGGUGACAAGUCUAACCGAAGAUUUGUGAAGGUUGAACACAACAGGCGGCGGAAGAAGUAAAAGCAUCAGUGGUAAAAUGUGGGUGGUGUGGUGGUUGUUCUCUGUUCUCUGUAUGAGGGUGAAUAACUUUAAUAUGCAAGACUAGAUACAAGAGAUUGCUGGUUCGAUACUGAUGAAGGUAUAAUUUUCCUUCUGUGGUUAGGAAGAUCAGACUAUUCUGUUUGCUCUACAUAUAUAUUGUUUCCCUCUUUCUUUUUACAAUCGAGCCAAAUUUUCGUGGUUGGAAUGAGAGGUUUUUCACAAUUUUAUACCAGUUUGUAGUCGGAACAUU